AAAACACAUUCUUUUUCCUCGUGAGGGAUUCUGCUUGCGCAAGUGUAAUCGAAAAUGUUUAUCAGGUUAAGAUUUAAAAUAUAGCUACUAAGCUGAUGCUAUUUAAUCAGUAGUUUACUAUAGCAGAUUAGUGAUAGUCGAACGUGAUAAAAUUGCCAUCACGUUGUCAACAAUAAUAUUCUAAUAACAUUAUAUUUUUCGUAAGAUGUUAUAUUGAUUAUAUCACUGUUAAACGAUUCAAACUUGAAGAGUUAUCUAAAAUUGAUGGACGGUGUUCUUCAGCGUCACACUUCCCGCUUAUAUGGAAGAGCUCUAUUUGAAAGAUUAUGUGAACAUAUGAAACAAGUGCGUCAGGAACGGGUAGCUAUCGAUGGAGAUCUCAUAAGCUAUGCUCCUGAUGAGUUUGGAAAUGUUGGAAUGUAUGUAGCUGCAGAACCAUUAACUCCAGAACGCAAUUAUUUUGAAAUAGAAAUUGUUGAUCCUGGUGUGGAAAACAACAUUGUCGUUGGUCUUGUAUCUGCUAAACAUCCUCUUGAUCAGUAUCCUGGUUGGAUUCCAGAUUCUGUUGGGUAUCACGUAGGAGACGGAAGUCUGUACAGGGACGCUCCUAAAGGUGUAGCAUUUGGUCCUAUGUGUGAAGCUGGUGACCACAUAGGAGUUGGUAUUAAAUUGGAUUCUUCUGCUUCACAAAACAAUAAACAGAAUUACUGUGUGGUUUUCUUCACAAAUAACGGAAAAGAGUUUGGUUCUACCAUUUGUUCAAAUACUACGGGUGCUCUAUACCCUGCUGUUGGUUUUCAUUCCACUGGGGAAGAAGUACGACUCUCAUUAGACAUGCGGUGGAUGCCAGAAGAAGAUAUGUCAAUGUGCAUAGACAGUAAUGAAGAAGAAUGGUCCAGGUUACAUGACAUAAAACUCAAUGGAACGAUUUUAGAAUACUCGGGACGAGGAAAAAGCAUCAUUGAUGUUGGAUUAGCUCAAGCCAAAUAUCCAUUAGAUACAACGCAUCAUUAUUUUGAAAUUGAAAUUUUAGACCCUGGAGAAAAUUGUUAUAUAGCUAUAGGAUUAGCUAGAAAAGAUUAUCCCAAAUACAGGCAUCCAGGUUGGAAUAAAGGUUCCAUAGCAUAUCAUGCAGAUGAUGGCAAAAUUUUUGUUGGUAGUGGUGUAGGUGAUCCAUUUGGUCCUCGUUGUCAUAAAGGGGACAUUAUGGGCUGUGGCAUCAUAUUCCCAAGAGACUUUGUGAGCUUCUAUGAUUGCGACUUAGACAGCAAUGCUCCUUCUUCUGUAAAUCUUGAUUUAGAGGAGGAUUUCUCAGGAUCAUACAGCGAAUCGGAGGAUGAGGAGUGGUGGAAGGAGAAAGAGAAUAUUGAAACUGGAUUAACUAUACAGGUAUUUUUUACUCGCAAUGGAAAAACAGUUGGUCAAAAGGAAGUUUGCAUCCCUAAAGGUGGCUUUUAUCCUACUGUUGGAAUGCUAAGCAGUGAUGAGAGGGUGAAAGUAGACUUGCAUCCUUUGACUGGUUAAUCACUUUCUCUUCUCGCUCUCCAUAUUUUUGUGUACAGGUGCUUCUAAGUCACAUCUCAGCUGGUGCUUUAAUUUAACUGAAACUGCAACUGAUUUUUUUUUUUUUUCAAUCAUAAAUACACUUCUUUGGAAGUGAAGUUAAAACUCAUCUGAUGCAAUAAAAAAUUUGCUGCACUAUUUAGUUUUUCCCAAUAUGGUUUGUGAUUAUUUCAGUAAUUUUCAUAGGUCAAGUUGUCAAGUUCAUAUAUUUCUCAGAAGAAAAAAAAAGAUCCUUUUAUUAUAAAAUAUUUUAAAUGUUUUGCUUUAUGAAUAUAUUUUUUCUCUAAAAUUAUAUUAUAGUUCAACACAUGACAAAAUUCUUAAAUUCUUAAAAAAUUAAUGAGAUUGAAAUUUUAUUUCUAUUGAUUUCUUUGAUUUAAUAAUUUGCAGAAACAUUGUUUAUCAUAUUUUUUUUUAAUCUGAGAAGAAUUUUAAUAUUUUUUUAGACAGAAUAUAUGAACUUUACAUUUGAACAAACUGAAAAAAAAAGAUAUGAACCAUCCUUAGCUUUGAGUUGUAUAAGCUUUGAAAUUUUACAAUAUUUAUGAUAUACAGUUAUAUUUUUUCAUCCAAUUAUGAUUUGCUGUUGGGUGGGAGAAAUUAUUUCAGUAAUUUAUUUACACAAGAAUUAGAAAUUUGCUUAUAUUUCCGUAUUUUAUUCUACUACUUUUGAAAAAGCAAUAUAUAUUGUCUUUGCCAAAGAUUUCAUUGCUAGUUUCUUCAUCAUCAUUUAUACUGAUAAUUUUUUAUUUUAUUUCCCUAUUUACUACUGAUUGUUACUGUUUAUGGAGAUUAUAAAAUAUAUCUAUAUUUGAUUAAAAAUACAUAAAUAACGACUUCAAAAUACAUAUGUAAAAAAAGAGGCAACAGACUUUCAUCAGUUGAUGCUGUGUUUAGUAUUAAUACUUUAAAUUUUUAAAGUUUUGAUUCCAGUUACAGUUACUACUAUUCAAAGUAUGUUGUUUGUUAAUGCAUUCCCUUGAAAAAUUACGAUUACAUGUGUGUCAAAUAAAAACCAAAGUUAAAAUGGUAAUAAUAAUAAAGGCCCCAGUUGAAAUGAAACAAUUUAAACAUCUUGUCUUUUUGAUCAAAGAUUUUUUUUUCUGUUUAUAAAAGCAAUAGAUUUUUAGCUUUAAUUUGCAGAAAAAAUGAUUGUUUCAUAUUCUUUCCAGUUAGAGAAUGAAUUCAUAUUUUUUAGA